CAGCCUUUCUUCUUUAAACCUUCUCUUUCCUUCGUUUAUUGUACUCUGCAAUCCGCUCAUCCUGUUCCUUCUUUUUACUUUUUGUCAACGAUCCAUUUGGUUUGUGUUGCAGUUAGACACUGCUGGACAGACAUCAGACAUCCUGCUUUUACGGUUAACAGCUUUAAAAGGAAACAGAGUCAUCACAAAAUAACAAUUCGCCAUCCAACUCUGCACUGAAGAAUAACAAAAAAAACAAACGUCUGCAAACACAACAGCCAUGCAGCUUGCCAUCGGAGUCCUCCUGGUGGUCCUGCUCACUGAGCUGAUCAAUUUUGUUGGGAAAACCCAUGUCACUGCUAUGGCAUAUGAUGUCUAUCUAAAAUUCAUAAACAAGGACAAGGUUACUAAACAGCGUCAACUUAAGAAGGAAGUUCUUACUCUCAAAAAUGACCUUUCUCGUACAUCCUCUCAGGACGAAUUCGCAAAAUGGGCUAAACUACGUCGUAAAAUGGACUCCAAGAUUGCAGAACUGGAAAAACUCACCUCGGAGCUUCAUCUCACCAAGGCUUCAUUUGAGAUCAAGUUCAAGAGUUUAUUGUGGUUCAUCACCAACGGGAUUCAAUUCAUCAUGGUCGCUUGGUAUAGACGUGUUGCUGUCUUUUAUGUACCUCCUGGUUGGUUUGGUCCUGCAGAGCGCUUUCUUGCUUUGCCUUUUGCAGAAACUGGAGCAGUCAGCAUUGCUAUCUGGUUCUAUUUCUGUCGCAAGGUCAUUAUUUUAUUCGUAUCUCAGCUUGUAGAGUUCAUCCCAGCCGCUAGAGCUUUGAAACCAGAACAAUCUGCUGAUGCAUCUUCCAACAACCCAUUUGCAGCAUUCGCCAAUAUGGCAAGCAUGGCCAGUGCAGCAGCAGCAGGCUCUGGAGGAUCGCCUGGAGGCAUGGGCGGAAACCCGUUUGCAGCGAUGGCCAAUGACUUUGGAGCUCCCGGUGGAAUGGAGGGAGCACCAGGUAUGGAUGCUGCCAAUAUGUUUGGUCCUGGAAGUCCUUUUGCGGCCAUGUUCGGGCAAACACUCCAUCCAGACAUGAUGGCUGGUGUUGGCAAUCGCAGCGGCAGUGGUGCAUCCUCACCCUUGGCGACAUCUAGAUCGUCAUCUGUACGUGGGACAGGAAAUCUAGGUCGUGGAGAAGAUAGAGGGAGGAGGAAAGCAUAAUAGAACAGAAUGAAGUCAAUUGCGAGAUAAAGGUAUUCGCGCUAGAAAUUGCAACAAAAGCCAAUGUAAUAAUAAUUAAAAAUGCAUGCU